UGUAUAAAUGGUUGUAUUUUUGUGUUGUCUUGUUGACAUAAGAUUUUUUUUGUUUUCACGAUAAUUGAAGAAAAAUUAAAGAAUUUAUUAAAGAUGAGUGGAGAUCAAUCAUUAAUAGAGAAGAGAACGAUUCAUUCCGGUACUCAGGGUGCAUCUUUUAAAAACGGCACGAAGGUGAAAUUCCAUUUCCAAACGAGGAAAAAUGAUGAAAAGAAAACACUUAUUGAUGACUCUAAAACCAUGGGCGCUGGAAAGCCCAUGGAAUUGGUUUUGGGAAAAAAGUUUAAGUUGGAAGUUUGGGAGGUCAUCGUCCAGAAGCUGGCUUUAAGGGAAGUAGCUGCUUUUGUAGUUGACAAAUCUUUGGUUUCUCAAUAUCCAUUUGUUUCUAAAACAUUAAGGGACUUGGAUAAAAAGGAAGUAGGUCAUAUGUGUGCCAUGACAAUUCAAACAGAAGGUCUUGGUUUUGAAGAUCUUAAUGAUCUAAUGAAAAAUCCAUGUGAUUUGGAAUUUACAUUAGAGUUACUGGAAGUUUCCCAGCCAGGGGAAUAUGAAAAAGAGACUUGGCAGAUGUCAGAAGGUGAAAGGAUUGAUAUGGUGCCAAUGUUGAAGGAAAAAGGAAACAAUGAGUUUAAAUUGAAGAACUACCAGGCAGCAGCAGAAUAUUAUACCAAAGCAAUUGCCAUUUUAGAACAACUCAUGACAAUAGAGAAACCCAGAGACGUGGAAUGGAACAUUAUAAACGAGAAGAAACUUCCAAUUCUGCUAAAUUACGCAUUGUGCAAAUUGUUCGAGGGAGACUUUUAUACGGUGAUCGAACAUUGUACGACCGUAUUAGAAUCGGAACCAGAUAAUGUAAAAGCGUUGUACAGAAGAGCCAAAGCUCAUGUCGGUGCCUGGAAUCCCGAUUUAGCCAGACGGGACUUCAAUAGGGUCAUUGAACUGGAUACCAAAUUGAUUUCGACUGUGAAAAAGGAAUUGAACCUACUGGACGAAAUGAUCAAGACGAAGAAUACGGAGGAUAAAAAUAAAUUGAAAAGAUUAUUUUCUUAAAGUGGAGGUUUCUUCACGCAUUA